GAACCCUGCUGAUUGUAAACGAACCGUUCUGGCUCAGUAGGAUGCUCCAUGUUGGAGGAUGAUGGCUGUGCUGGGAACCGUCAAUUUGAGCAACCCGGAACAAAAACAUUGUCGGACCAACUUCGGUCUAACAUGUUUGAGUUUAACAAAAAGGGAGAAGUAGCGGGAAUGAAAAGACGGUGUUUUCUGUAGCUUACAUUUCUCCUGUUCUGCGAACGUCAGCCGCACGUAGAGGAUGAUCAGGAUGGAAAAUAAUAUUUUAAAGGGAAACUCUAACUAUUCAUCAGGUGCGCCUCUUCCCCUCGCUGCCCUGCGUCUCCUGGUCCCCCCACUUCGGCUGGUCUCAGCAGCCAUCUGGCAGACCAUCCAGCAGAAAGUUGUGUCCGAUUAUGGGAUGCUUGAGGAGUUUGUGUCCAUGGUGACAGACAUUGUUCCAGAGCUGCUCACCAGCCGGCAGCGGGCCGAACUCAGCCUGGGCCUCAGAGCACAGCUGAUCCUGGACUUAUGUCAGCUCGAAGCUCCUGCUGCCUUUGAGAUCAUUCAGCCACACUUGGACAGGAUGCAAGUGCUCAUCAACACAUGGCUAAUGGAGGCUGGUGGUACAAAUAUAGAACUGCCACUGUCAAACUUUGUGGAUCUCGUAAACAGCUUGCUGAAUGACCCUGAAGAACGAGAACACUUCUUUCAGAAGGUCUUCCCUGUAGCGUUUGGGCCUGCGUAUACUGAAACACUUCACACUCUGAUGUGGCUGUUUUUGUCCAGGCUUGAAAAGCUUCUUCCUCUUCAAACUUUCCAGCAGGUUGCCUCCAUGGUUGGUGAGACCUCUUCUGUUCUUGAGGACUGUAUGCAGUUGGUGUCUCAGUGUGAGGAGCUCAAAACUCUGCUUCACUAUCAGAAACACCUCAGCCAACUAGAUCACGUCGAUGGUUCUCUGGAUGGUGACUCCAUCAUUUCCGCACUAAAACUUCCCCAUAUAGAAAAAACUGGAACGCUUAAAACACAAGCACAGGACAGCAUUUUGGAUGAACUGCUGUGUUCAUCAGAUUUGGAAAAGGAACCUUUAACACUGGUUCCAGAACAGCAGACAGUUGAGACAAAUGACGGCCAGUCUGAUUGGACUCCUGUUCACAGUGGAGCACCGCUGCUUUUGGGAUAUUCAACAAGACAUGAAGAAAAUGCAAAUCUUCAAAGUCAGGCAGAGGAUUCUUGUCACCUUACAAAAGAGUGUCGCGUUCAUCUAAGGAGACUUGACCUGCCACUGUCUUUACAGUCUCGACCUGUGAGACCAAACAGAGGCCUGAGAAUGAAGCGGAUUCUGCAGGAGGAGAAAAGAGGACUCUGGGAAGAGGCCCUGCCUGCCUGCAAAUCCAGUUCCAGGAAAACAAAACCAUCCAAUAGGGUCUCUGGAAUGCUCUCAGACAAUGAGGAUUCAGGCAAAGAUUCCUCAUAUAUGGCUCCCAUCAGUACUUGCAGUGAAGAUGACUCCUGGUCGUACUACUCAGAUGAGGACUCUUGUCAUAACACUGCUGGUAGAAGUCCCAGUGUGACUGAUUCAUGGUCUCACUACUCGGACGAUGAGUCUUCCGUUAGUAGUUCCCCUGAAAAUGAUUUUAGCAGCUUAACUGAGGACCCUUCAUUCGUGGGUCCCAAAGAUGUAUCAGUUUCUAGGAGAAAUCUGGACAUCGGCAAGACCAAACUCAGCUCUCCCAAACAGACUCGUCAGAUCCAGUGCUUUAUCUGCAAGGAGCGUCUCAACACAAGCCUGAGAACUCACAUGAAAACCCACUUUCCCACCAGCGACUACGCCUGCCCCCGAUGCGACAGCAGGUUCAAACUCCUAACCUCGCUUAAGAACCACUUGAAUAAGACCUGCUAUGAGUAUGGUCAGCAGCAUGUAGAUCCAGAAAAUCUGGACGAAGUCAAGAAUCUUUACAAAUGUGACAAAUGCCAAGAGGCGUUCAGGUACAAAGUUUCUCUGCAGAGGCACACACUGACCCACAACGAACUCUACUGCAGCGUGUGCAGGAAGGUUCUUCGAGACACUGCAACGCUGGCGAGGCACAAAGCUUCACACACCCUGUUUCAGUGCAACCGCUGUGACAAGGCCUUCACUCUUUUCAAGCCCUUGCUCAGACAUUAUGAGAACAUCCAUAAAGUCAGCAGACCGUUCAAAUGCAGCCGUUGUCCGAAAACUCUAACCAAGUUGCGAUCUUUGAUCAUACAUGAAUGGCAUCACACGGGCCAGCUACCUUUCCAGUGCGCUCAGUGCAACCUGAGAUUCAAAUGCGAUGCAGAGCUCAUGUACCACGAGAGAGUCCACACCAGAGAGAAACCCUACCUGUGCGCAGAGUGUGGCAAGACUUUCGCCCACAGGUCCAACCUGCUGCGCCACCUCAACUUUAUUCACAGCGAGUCUCGAAACGAGAAGAAGCAUUCUUGCUCUCAGUGUGAGAAAUCCUUUAAAGAGAAAGGAGCACUGAAAAAACACCAGAGGACCAAACACCUGCGAGAGCUGUUCCGUAGUCCGUGUCCGUCCUGCGGAAAGAUGGUCGCGGCGUCGACGAUGAAGAGACAUAAAUUAAUCCACACCGGAGAGAGACCUUUCAAAUGCACUGUUCCUGAAUGUGAGAAGUACUACAGAUCAACCUCAGAGGUGAAGAGACAUGUGCUCAUACACCACACCACAGAGAGACCGUAUAAAUGCGACAUCUGUGGAAAAGGGUUUGUAAAAAUGUGUUAUCUCAAUCUACACGCUAAAAUACACUUGGGAGAGAAACCGUUUAUUUGCAGUAUCUGUGGCAAAGCUUUCCCAAAGGCCUACAGCAUGCUCAGGCACAAAAAACUGCUGCAUGCAUUUGUUACACAUUAACUAUGUGCAGUAGGAACGCUUGGUUAAAGCUAUAACUGAGAAAGUAGUUUCUUGGUCUGAAAAGUUAAACUGGAAACAAUUUCCAGUCUGGUCCCUGUCAGAGAAACCCACUCCCUCUCAUUUUCCAGUUAUUUUUUUGUGAUCUCAGUAAUGUGUUCAAUAAAGCAUCUU